AUGGCUUAUAUCUAUCCCAAUAUCAGUUUUUUAUCUAUCUAUCUAUCUAUCUAUCUAUCUAUCUAUCUUCUGUUCAUAUUUAUCUAUCUAUUGAUCUAUCUCAGUCUGUUCAUAACUAUCUAUCUAUCUAUCUAUCUAUCUAUCUAUCUAUCUAUCUAUCUAUCUCAGUAUCUUCAUAUCUAUCUCAGUCUGUUCAUAUCUAUCUAUCUAUCUAUCUCAAUCUGUUCAUAUCUAAUUAUCUAUCUGUCUCUUCAUAUCUAUCUACCAAUAUCAUUCUCUUCAUAUCUAAGUAACUCAGUCUCUUCAUAUCUAUCUAUCUAUCUCAAUCUGUUUAUAUUUAUCUACCUAUCUAUCUAUUUAUCUAUAUCAGUCUGUUCAUACCUAUCUCUCUAUUUAUCUAUGUCAGUCUGUUCGUAUCUAUCUAUCUAUCUAUCUAUCUAUCUAUCUAUCUAUCUAUCUAUCUCUGUCAGUCUGUUCAUAUGUAUCUAUCUAUCUAUCUCAGUCUCUUCAUAUCUAUUCAUCUCAAUCUGUUCAUAUCUUUCUAUUUAUCUGUCUUUUCAUAUCUAUCUCAAUCAGUCCACAUAUAUCUAUCCAUCUAGCCAUAUCUCUUCAUAUGUAUCGCAAUCAAUUUACAUUUUUCUCAGUCUAUUUCUAUCUAUCUAUCUAUCUAUCUAUCUAUCUAUCUAUCUAUCUAUCUAUCUAUCUAUCUAUCAGUCACUUGGUUUCCACUAUUUCUUUCCAUUUUACCCCACCCCAUGUGAUACCCAUGUGGUAGAAAUAUUCACCACAUUUGUUUAUAUCUAUCUAAUAUCUAUCUAUCCUUCUCUCUUUAGUCUAUUUAUCUAUUAUCUCUCUCUCUCUCUCUCUCUCUCUGUUCAUAUUUUGGUCUCUACAUAUCAGCCUAACUUUAAACAAAUUCACCAUAACAAAUUUAUUUAUUUUCUUUUUUCUCUUUUUUUUUUUUUCUUUUCAUUAUUCAUUUUUCUAUACCUUGUAUUACUAUUUCUUGUUUCUUCUUUUCAUUCAUUUCCUUUUUCUUAUUUAUUUUCUUCCUUUGUUUUUCAAAUGAGUUUUGCUUUUUCUUUAUUCCUUAUUUUCUUCAUCUUCUUUCAUUUCAAAUGA